AUGACAUUACAUUCAUAUCGCAGACUUCCAAUUUGCUUCAAUCAACAUUCUCAAGGCAAUGCAUUUGAGUCAGAUGCUUCAGAAAGAGCUCUCAACAAGAACAAACCGCAGACUCCACGAGGCUCUAAUCAAACACGUACUGCGAGAUCACCCAGUGGAUGCACACCACCACGACGACAUUCACCUCGCGUCGAGCCACUCACUCCAGAGCGAUCACCUCCUCAACCUAAAAUAACAUCAGGGAGAAUGAGGCGUAAGAUUGUGGGUGACUCCCAGACAGCUCACUCUCCCGGCGCAAAUACGAGUCGUGACAUUAUAAUUAAGGAGAAGAAUUUGAUGAAUUCAGAACAACCGCAAAAGGCUAACGGCUUCAAGAAACCGAAAGGUAUGAAUAUUGAAAUCACCUAA